AUGCUACCGAAGGAGCGCGCGGCUUUCCAGCCGUACCCUCCCGACAUCAUUGUUAAUCAGACAGUAGAAUCGAUCCCAAAUUUCGAGUGCGUGCGGUCCAUUUCGUGCGAUGACAUCGAUAGAAAUGGACUUCAGCAUUUUGCGCACCUCUAUGAUUACUGGGUCAUUAAAACUGGGCGACCCCUCGUGAUUAAAGGAUUCCAGGACCUGUUGGACAAAAAGCUAUUUUCGUCAGAGUGGCUACAGAAGAACUACGGAAAGAAGGUCGAGAAUGUCCGGGACUUGGGCAAGGGAGCCAACGUGUGCUUCAGCAUUGGGCACUAUUUGAACAAGAUGCCGGCGCUUGCGGGGAGAAUCAACACAGCUACCUUCGAUAAACCGCAGAUCCAGAGGCUGUAUCUCAAAGACAUCGACUGCCCCGCUGAAUGGCAGAGCUCGCUUGAGCAGAUGAUUGUACCUCAGCUCUUCUACUUGAAUGAGUCUCCCAAGCCCUACCUUGGCCCUGGAUCCACAUUCACCGGUCAAUCUGAGUGCCCUCGCACCCAGGAGGGUCAUGUUAUUGCCAGGGCGGGCGACCUGAUGAGCAGCCUUCCAACCGAAAUGCGCGCUGAAAACCUGAUGUGUUACAUCGGUCAUGAAGGAACCUACACUCCUGCACAUCAGGAGAUGUGUGCCAGCCUUGGUCACAAUCUCAUGGUGGAGGGAUCGAGUGAUUCUGUUGAACAUGGACAAGCCACACAGCAAGGCUCAUCGGUUUGGUUUAUGACCGAAACGAAAGAUCGCUACGCGGUAGCCGAAUAUUGGGCAUCGAUUUUAGGUCAUGACAUUGACUUGGAGGAUCAUUUUUCUCAGCUCAGAGCAUGGGAAAAGGCCCCUUUCAAGACCUACCUUGUCGAACAAAAGCCCGGAGACCUCAUUCUUGUUCCCCCUUUGGCUGCACAUCAAGUGUGGAACCGUGGCACGCGAACAGUCAAGGUUGCGUGGAACAGGACAACUGUCGAUACAUUGGAACAUGCUUUAGGUGAAGCAUUGCCCAAAGCGCGAGUUGUCUGUCGAGACGAACAGUAUAAAAACAAGGCAAUCGUCUACUUUACCCUUGAAAAGUAUUCCAAUCUGCUGCAGAAUACCCCAAGGAUGGAUCACCCCGAAGUUCAAGGUCUCUGGUCGGACUUCAGACGACUUUUCAAGCUGUACACCGACAUCAUGUUGUCGGAGAGCUUUUCGAAAUCGCCGCCUCCACAGGACCAAAUCGAAUUUGCCAAGUUUGACGGCAAUGUGACAUGCUCUUAUUGUCGCUGUAAUAUCUUCAAUCGGUUCCUCACAUGUCCAUGGUGCAAGUCAAACGAAGAAGACGCUUACGACGUCUGUAUGGACUGCUACGUGAUGGGCCGAAGCUGUGGUUGUAUCUCGAAACUUGCAUGGGUGGAACAAUUUCCUUGGAAAGACCUGGUUGGGCGACACGAUGCAUGGCGUCGUCAAAUCGUUUCUAACGAUGUGCUCGUCAGUGGUGACGACAUCAAAACGGCCAGAUCGCGGUUUCCUCUGCUCACUGUGGCUCGCGGCCAACUAGGCCGGAAACCCGUCGCGGAGAUCUGCCAGGAGCAAUUGCUUCUGCGGCCAUGGACCGAUUGCAAGAACGGCCGGUUACAAGAGAACGAUGAGAAAGAAGCGACACCCACUGACUCUGAAGAUUGUGAUUAUGGACAGGCGAGAAAGCGCCGAAAAUUCCAGCGUCCCAAGCGCAAGAUUGGGCAAACCCGCGGCUUGUGCCACCAUUGCCACGAAAGUGAGCCACCCUGGAAACUGGCAACCUGCUCACAGUGCUACACGCAGUAUUGCUUUGGUAGCCUAUUCCGCGCCUUCAACAUUUCGCCCCAGGACGCGCUGGAGAAACCGCACUGGGUCUGCCCCAAGUGCCAAAAAACAUGCAACUGCUCGGUGUGCCGAUACGACACUACGAUGGUACCGUACGAGCCCGUGCGCUCAUUUGUGGGCCACGACACCAGGAAAGUCGCGGAUCCCCGCAGCACGGAUUCUCUGAUCAAUAUGAAAUUGAACAAUGCCCACUGGGUCACUAUGUUCGGUUCUGAUAUCGAGCAACGCCUGAUCAAAGUUCAGAUUGAGGAAAAUCUCAAACGCUCAGAGGCUUUGAACAGGUCUCAAACCCCCGACCCCAUGCAGCAAUCGACAUCGAAUGGCAACGGCGCUCUGACAUGCCAUGACUUCCAGGGAAUUCACCAGGACGACCCCGAUGAUACCCCAGUGGACCCUGCGCUUGUUGAGGCCAGCAACAUAUUUAUGGGCAUAGUGCAGGAUACAGUGGCAACCUGA